AUGGCUCCGUCUAUGAAACAUCUGCUUCUACUGCUAACGAUAGCAGCGGCGAUAUCGGUGAAGAGUGGGAAGGCGUCUUUAUUUCCUAAAAGAACAACAGUGCAAAUCAUCAACAACUUAUCGAAUCACCAGAAUCUGACUCUUCAUUGCAAAGAUAAGGAAUUUGAUCUUUCAGAGCACUGGCCAUCAGAUACCUCGUUUCACUACUUCGACAUAUACAUAGAGGAACGAGACUAUUGGUGCGAGAUCUGUACCUGGAAAAUCAAAGAAUCCGGUCCCUGCCAAAAUCAGUGCUUUCCUUGGAACCACGAUUCUAAGCAGCAAUCUACAAUUUCGCCUGUUGGCUUCGUUGCUCUAUCUGAUAUCAAGACUGCCCAGUCUCGUCAUACUUGA